AUGGCCUUGAAAUUGCGUGGUGUUUUGAUCCUCAGCGUUCAAAUGCGUUCAAAAAGAAGUUCGAAUGCUGGUAAUGAGAAAAAGGAACCUAAGAAGCCUCGUGUGAAGGACUCAUGUCCUGAAGAUAACAAUUUAUCUGGGGAUAAAAGUUCAAAUUGGUGCAUAAGAUAUCCUGGUUCUUCUCCAGAGUUGGCUAGUCCUUUGUCAGAAAAGUGGAAUCUAAAGAUCGCUUCGUGGAACGUAAACGGGAUACGGGCUGUCAUCAAAAAUGGUGGUAUGGAGUACAUAAAGAAGGAGGGUGCCGAUAUUUACUGCAUACAGGAGACCAAAUGUCCUUUACAUAAAAUUCCAUCUGAAGCUAAAGUUCCUCACUAUGAGUCAUUUUGGUCAUCUGCGGAAAAAGCUGGUUAUGCAGGAACAGCCUUGUUUUCAAAGAUCCCACCAUUAAAAGUGACUUACGGUAUAGGAAAGAAGAUUCACGAUGAAGAAGGGCGUGUAAUCACUGCGGAGUAUGAAAAGUUCUAUCUGGUCACUGCCUACGUACCGAAUUCAGGACAAGGUUUGGUUCGUUUGCCGUAUCGUGAGAAGGAAUGGGAUCCAGACUUCCUCGAUUACUUACGUAAUCUGGAUGGCAAGAAACCGGUUAUUGUGUGUGGUGACCUCAACGUAGCUCAUGAGGAAAUAGAUUUAGCUCGUCCAGAAUCCAACCACAAAACUGCAGGAUUCACUGAUCAAGAACGACUAGGCUUUACAAAAUUAUUAUCAUCUGCUAAUUUGAUUGAUACCUACCGCCAUUUCUAUCCAGACCGCCAACAAGCUUAUUCUUUUUGGAGCUAUCGAGCUGGCGCACGUCCGGUCAAUAAUGGAUGGCGUCUGGACUACUUUUUGGUAUCUCAGCGAAUCUUGACUAAUGUCAGUGAUCAGGAAAUACGUUGUGCAAUCACUGGUAGCGAUCAUUGUCCUGUCGUGUUAUAUCUUCAGAUUUAAAACCUCAAAAUUGAAUAAAUGCAUUUAAGUCGAACACUUUUAAGAGUAUUUUUAUUACGUAAUUUAUUCAUGACAAUAUAAUUUAUAAAUAGUCAAAUUAAAAUUACAG